CUCCGCCGAACAGGACAGUCCGCCCUCUUCAUGGUCCACUGCGGCCACUGCCCAGACUUCUUUUUUGGAGUCUAGUUUCCUGGGAUCAACAUGAACAGGGCCUAAGAUGCAAGCAAGCUAACCGCCAUUCCACGCCUUUUUACCCCUCAUACUACCGUACCGUACCCUUACUUUGGGUAUCCGUACCUUUUACGUACAUCUCAUAUUGGGUAUCCGUACGCAUCGGUGAAAGAGCUCCAAGAGGAGGGAAAAGACCAUGGCCUUGGCGCUGGGGUAUAAAUCAUUCCUAACCUGCAACUCAAUCCCGCCCUUGACCACCUGGUCGUCGUCGCUCCAAAAUACCUCCGUCAUGGCCUCCUCCUUCUCGUCAGUAGCCGCCGUCGCGGGCCUCCUGCUCUCCGGUGCGCCUGCCCAGCUGGCCAUCGCACAGAGGGCGCUCCCCGCGAAAGCUCAGAUCAUUGACCAAAAGAGCUUCAAUGUCUUGGAGGUCGUCCCGCCUCCUUCGGAGUUCAAUGCUUCAUCGGAAUUCCUCUGGCCAGGCGUCACGCAUGAGUCUCUCACCGAGAAGCCAUUCCACAUCUACGACCCGGAAUUCUACGACAUCAUCGGCAGCGAUCCGUCACUGACGCUCAUCGCGACCUCGGAGACGGAUCCCAUCUUUCACGAGGCAGUCGUAUGGUACCCCCCAACAGAAGAAGUCUUCUUCGUCCAAAACGCCGGACCCCCCGCAGCAGGCACCGGCCUCAACAAGUCCUCCAUCGUCCAAAAGAUCCGCCUCGCCGACGCCGAGGCUCUUCGCAAUGGGUCCCUGGGUACCAAGGAGGUCACAGUCACCACCGUCCCUUCGAAUCCGCAGGUCAUCAACCCCAAUGGUGGAACAAACUACAAAGGCCAAAUCAUAUUCGCCGGCGAAGGCCAAGGCGAGCGUGUACCCUCGGCGCUGUACCUCAUGAACCCGGUAGAACCCUACAGCACCACAAUCCUCGUAAACAACUACUUUGGCCGCCAAUUCAACUCCCUAAACGACGUCGUCGUCUCCCGCCGCAACGGCGACAUCUACUUCACAGACACCCAAUACGGCUACUGGCAGUACUUCCGCCCCGCCCCCGGCCUGCCGAACCAGGUGUACCGCCUCAACCCCACCACCGGCGCCUUGUCUGUUGUCACGGACGAGUUUGUAUCGCCGAAUGGCAUCACGCUCUCUCCGGACGGCACAUACGCCUACGUAACAGACACGGGCAUCUCGCAAGGCCAAUUCGGCACAAACUUCACCAAGCCAGCAACAGUCUACCGCUUCGAAGUAAAAGAAGACGGCACCUUUGAAAACCGCAAAAUCUUCGCCCACACAUCCGCCCGUCUCCCCGACGGCGUGCACUGCGACUCCAAAGGCAACGUCUACGCAGGCUGCAACGACGGCGUCCACGUCUGGAACCCUGCGGGAAAACUCAUCGGCAAGAUUUACACCGGUACGACAGCGGCGAAUUUCCAGUUUGCGGGUGAUGGGAGAAUGGUUAUCACGGGACAGACGAAGCUGUUUUAUGCCACGUUUGCGGCUUCGGGUGUUGCGUUGACGUAGGGGAGGGGGUGACGACGGGUUGUUGUGAAUGGGAUGAUUGUGCAAUGAGGGUCAAUGAGAGCUUCUUGAACAUACUUGAUACAUAUAGGUAAUUGAUUGAAUACAAAUUUUCGAUCCAUAACACUUGGUUUUACC